AUGAGAUUAAUACAAUCAUUCCUCCUUAUCGGCCUGGUCGCCCUCGCAGGCGCCAAGAAACAUCCCGCCGGAAUUGUCCUCAGCGUACCGAUCAUGCCUCGAAUUCCCAGCCAAGCGAAGCACAAUGAAGUCUUACAGGCUCGUUCCGCUCUGUCCAAGCCGGAUGCCAGCGCAAUUGUAUCCACGACAUGCCUUGACACAAACCAGGUCAUCGACGCACAUGAUGAAGCCGAAGCCCAACUAAGCAUCUGCGGCGGCAUGCCCGGAUCAAUACAAGCGUGUCAAGGCGCGCCAUCUAAGACAGAGGGACGAGCCCGUACAGCAUUGUUCAGCCUAUCCGUCGGCUCGGGAGACUCCAUUGUCAUCACUAAGCAACUUUGGCUUCGGUGUGUCCACGCCGCGAGGUCGGCUUGUCCUACUGGGAGCUUGUCAGCGGUUUGUGCUGGGGGAGCAUCGAGUGGUGGGAAUGUGGCAUUUACGUUGACCAAGCCAUAA